AUGAAUGAGCCUCCUACUGGGCUGGGGGCCUCGGGGCCCGGCGGGGCUGCGAAUCUCGCGGACGCUCCGGGCAUCGUGGGGCGCGCCGAGUCCUUUCCGCGCAAGCUGGGGCGCGGGGCUCCCCUGGCUCCUGGUGCCCGGAAUCCCGCGGUGGCGGGGCCGGCAGCGGGGCAGAGGGCGAGCGGAAGCCGAGGCGGCGCUCCGGAGAACCGCCCGGCAGCUGAGAACCUGGACUGUGAGCCGUGGGUCAGAGAGAAAGUGCUCUUUCUUCUGCACCCAGAGAGAUGGUUGGGGACUCCAGGGGACCCUGCACGGGAAGAAGUGGCCGGUGGGGAGGACCUUUUCCAGGCGGCCGGAGAGGACCGGAAACCCGACUGCCCGUCUCUCUUUCCACGAGAAAAGCGAAUUUCUGGCAGCCGUGUAGACGCUCCUUUCAGAGCCCUGCCGCGGGACCCCGCAUCCCCACCCAAGUCCGUGCUCGUGCGGAUUGUGGACUAUCAUAUGACAGAAGAAGUCCUGUGGACCUCAUGGACGAAGGGCCAAAUGACCGCACGGACCGAGGAGCACUCCAUGAGCGCCAUCACUUUUCGCACCAACAGGGAGUGA